AUGUCCCUCGCCGCACCUCUCCGCAUCAUACACACCAACUCCGCCCGAGACGGCUCGCCCAUCAUCAAAGAGGACAAUGUCGAGCUUGACCGGAUGGGCAACAUGGCUUGGAAGCCCGCUUUUGUCCAGCCCACUUUGGUCGGUGAUCCUAGCAAGGUCCUCGAUGGAGCAGACAGAGGGACCGACACGCCGAUGAGCUGGAUCUGCAGUACCGGUGUCACCUGCGCUUGGACAGACCUUGACCCUGGGUUCGGCACGGAAGGGCCUUCCAAGCACCUCUUCUACGUCGGCGCGACCGAUAUGACCACAGUGAGCAAAGGCCAGCUGACAGUGAUCUUCAAGGAUGACACGCGCAAGAUACUUCACCCCGGAGACAUCUUUGUCAACGCGGCUGGGAUCUUCAGGUAUGAGAACAACGGUACCGAGACAGUCCGCUUGGUCGUCUUCUCCACCCCGUCCGACACCGUCAAGAUUGAUGGCAAAGAGCUGGAGCAGGUCACUGGGGUCAGGCGCUUCUUCUAG